CUCUUGGAGAGCUGUUUAACACAGCUCAAGCAGCAAUUGGUACAGGGACAGCAAACCAGGCUGCAUCUGCUCAGCCCCAGUCACAAGCUCCCUGCUUCCUCCGUGUGUGUGUGUGUGUGUGUGUGUGCGCGCUAGACACCGGCAUCCGCUCUCAGCAUCUCGCUGUCUCCUGCAUCCUUCGGCGCUCAGCACACGGCUCUGGCUCUCCGGGUACCAGCCUCGCCGCUCCUUUCCCCGGCAGGGAUUUGCGUGCAGAGCGCGGGAUGCGCUGAGCACCCGCGGGGAGAGGAGGUGGUGGCCGGGAACGGCUGCGAUGGGCAUCGUAUGGGCAGCACUCUAGGGCUUGUGCUCUCAACAGGACCCUGAGCCAUGGGGGUGCUGAUGUCAAGACGGCAGACGGUGGAGAAGGUGCAGAAGGUCAGCUUGGCUGUGUCAGCUUUCAAAGAUGGGCUGCGGGAGCAGCCAGUAGCACGGAGGCGGGCAGAGGCUGGGGGCACGCGCCAGGGGACACUGGAGCAGACAGUGCAAGAGGCAGAGGAGGAGGCAUCUGCAGGGCCCUCACAGCCAGAAGAGGUCAGCGCCAGCAAGGCUGCCUGGGAGCGGCUGCGGGAUGGCCGAGGUGUGGAGCCAGAGGAAUUUGAUCGAGCCAACAGGUUCACACCACCCGCCUUCAUUCGGCCCCAGCGAGAGCUGCACGAUGAUGAGCCACUGGACAUCAGCCUGGAGCAGCGGGAGCAGGUCCUCAAUGAUGAGAUGUGUGAGAUCUGUGAAGUGUGGACAGCCGAGAGCCUCUUCCCCUGUCGUGUCUGCAGUCGGGUGUACCACGAUGGCUGCCUGCGCCGCAUGGGCUACCUGCAGAACGACAGCGCUGUGGAGGUGACGGAGACUGCACAUACUGAGACAGGCUGGAGCUGCUACUACUGCGACAACCUCAACCUCCUGCUGACAGAGGAAGAGAUGUACAGCUUGAUGGAGACCUUGCGGCAGUGCAAGAUCAUCCCAGAAACCUCCCUGACAAUGGACGACUUCCUGCACUACAAGCACCUGGUGCACAAGCAGCAGUUUGAGCGGCCUAUGGAGGAGGCACAGGAGGAGCGGGCCACACUGCAGUUCUCUGCCCUGGACCCCGACAAGAAGGGACACAUUGAGUGGCCAGAUUUCCUCUCCCAUGAGUCCAUCCAGCUGCUGCAGAAACUCCGGCCGCCGAACUCCCUGCUGCGGCUGCUGACAGUCAAGGAGCGGGAGCGGGCACGUGCUGCUUUCCUGGCCCUGGACCAGGAUGGCAGUGGCUUCAUCGGGGAGGGCGAGUGCCAUAAGGCCCAGCACGCCUGGUUCCGCAAGCACCAGAAGGAGACACCAUCCUGCAGCGUCAGCAUCAGCCAUGUUGGACCCAUGUCAGAGAGCAGCCCGGCCAGCAGCGGCAGCGGCAAGAGCCGGGAGAAGACACUGCUGGAGUCGGAGCAGGAGGAGGCCAGGUCCAUCGACUGGCCCAGAUUCCUGCGGGAGAAUGUCGUCUACAUCCUGGCAGCCCGUCCCAACAGUGCCGCCAUCCACCUGCAGCCGCCGGCCUAGCUCCUGGCCUGCCUGCCCCGGCGCCAUCUUGGUUGCCGAGGCCUUCCCUGUCGCCCUGCAGGGGAGCCCCGUUGCCACGGCGACCGGCCCCGCAUGCCAUUGGCUGAGGGAAGUACCGCCCCUUUCAUCCCACCUGCCAAUCCCACGCAGCUCCCCACCCUCUGCCAGUGGGGAGCCAGCAGCUGAUUGGCAGGUGGGAAAGCAGCUGCUCCCCCUUUCCCCUUGCCUCCGUGCUGGAUUUGCUGGGUGACGCCCGAGGUGUGGGCUGUGCCGGGUUGCGAUAACCAGAGCAGGUGCUGCCUUGGAUGCAGGGGAGAACGCCCCUGGUGCUGGAGGCCCUGCAGUGGCGAGGCCCUGGAGGCCGUGGGGCAGAGGAAGGCUCCACUGCAGCAAGGCUGUCCCCACCCCGCAGCGCUGACAUCCCUGGGUCCCCCUCAGGGCAGCAGUGCAGGCUGGCAGCCUCCCACAGCCCAGAACUGUGGCUAGAGAAUAGGAAAGGUCCUCCAGGGUCCUUCCUCCUGCCCCCAAGAUAAGGCCUCACAGGGUGGGGGUGAGGCAGCAGGCUACAGGGCAGUAGGGCAGGCUCGACCCAGGGUCCUUUGCAGACCUUGCCGCAUGCACUCUGGGGUUGAGGUCUGGUUGCUCCCACCUGGCGAGGCCUCAUCAACACCUCCUCAGCCUGGGCAAUGGAGGCACCAUCCCGCUUGGCUCCCCCUCCCCAAAUCAGGGCACUGCUUACCCCUUUAGGGCCUCCCUACUCCCUUUAGGCAUUCCCUUUCCCCUUCAGAAACUCCCUCCUUUACAAGCUGUGAGACAAUCACAGAGAUUCAGGCCAUACGUGAGGCCGGGAGAUGUGCCAGUGCAACAUUUCAGGUGCUGGGUCUGAGGUGGGGCAUUGGCUGGCUGGAACAUGACUGGAGCGAGCAGGCAGCUGGGGAUAUAAGGUGUUGCAGCCUCCGCUCUGUACUGGGAAGUAUCCAUUAAACAGCUGUGUCCAACCAA